CGGUUAGGCUGCGCUGGCUGAGGCGAGCGGAGCUUUGUGAGGCAGGUAGCGCUGGUUCCUGCCCGGCUCUGCUUCUUGCGGACCCCCGCCCCUGAGAGCAGCCCCGCCCCCCGGUAGGGCCCGAUCCCCGAGCGGCCCCCGGAGCUGUGGAGAUCGCCCCGCGCUGCGGGCCAGGGCCCCGACCUCCCCCGGGCUAGGUCCCCUUCGGCCUCCCGUCCCGGGCUAGGUCUCGCCAACCCCAGCCCGGCCCCUAGGCGAGGUCUCGCCAGUCUCCCUGACGCCGCCGCCGGCCGCCCAGCUCUCAAGGCAGGAGUGCUGGGGUGAGCUGUGGGCCCGGAGUCAGGCUGAUGCAACGUCCCUGCCCCCCGCUUGCCUUGCGCUGCCCCCCGCUGCAAGCCGGGGGGGUUGGCUGACCUGCGAGGGUCUUGUACCGCACCCGGCCCCGGCCCCCCUACGGGCUUUGGGCCUUCUCAGACCUUGCCCCCAGCGCCUCACCAUGGCCGGUGCCAUAGCGUCUCGGAUGAGCUUCAGCUCCCUGAAGAGAAAACAGCCGAAAACCUUCACCGUGCGGAUUAUUACCAUGGACGCCGAGAUGGAGUUCAACUGUGAGGUAAAGAAACAGAUUUUAGAUGAGAAGAUCUACUGUCCUCCUGAGGCAUCUGUGCUGCUGGCCUCCUAUGCCGUCCAAGCCAAGUAUGGUGAUUACGAUCCCACUGUUCAUCAGCGUGGCUUCUUAGCACAAGAGGAGUUGCUUCCAAAACGGGUAAUUAACCUGUACCAGAUGACUCCAGAAAUGUGGGAGGAAAGAAUAACAGCCUGGUAUGCAGAACAUCGAGGCAGGGCAAGAGAUGAAGCUGAAAUGGAAUAUUUGAAGAUCGCUCAGGACUUGGAGAUGUAUGGAGUAAACUACUUUGCAAUUAGGAAUAAGAAGGGCACCGAGCUGUUGCUUGGGGUUGAUGCACUGGGGCUUCACAUCUACGACCCAGAAAACAGGCUGACCCCCAAAAUCUCUUUUCCAUGGAAUGAGAUCCGGAAUAUCUCUUACAGUGAUAAGGAGUUUACAAUUAAGCCACUGGACAAAAAGAUCGAUGUCUUUAAAUUCAAUUCAUCAAAGCUGCGUGUGAAUAAGCUGAUUCUUCAGCUGUGUAUUGGAAACCACGAUCUAUUCAUGAGGAGGAGGAAGGCAGACUCAUUGGAGGUCCAGCAGAUGAAAGCACAGGCCAGGGAGGAGAAGGCCAGAAAGCAGAUGGAACGACAGCGGCUGGCUCGAGAGAAGCAGAUGAGGGAAGAGGCAGAGCGAACAAGGGAUGAGUUGGAGAGGAGGCUGUUGCAGUUAAAGGAGGAGGCGACAAUGGCCAAUGAGGCUCUGAUGAGAUCUGAAGAGACAGCAGACUUGCUGGCUGAAAAAGCCCAGAUCACAGAAGAGGAAGCCAAGCUGCUGGCUCAGAAAGCAGCUGAGGCGGAGCAGGAGAUGCAGCGGAUCAAAGCCACGGCAAUCCGGACAGAGGAAGAGAAACGGUUGAUGGAACAGAAGGUCCUGGAGGCAGAGAUGUUGGCAUUGAAGAUGGCAGAAGAAUCGGAGAGAAGGGCAAAGGAAGCUGAUCAGCUAAAGCAGGACCUUCAGGAGGCUCGAGAGUCUGAGCGGAGAGCAAAGCAGAAGCUCUUGGAGAUCACCAGCAAGUCGUCAUACACGCCCAUGAACUCAGGUAUGACAGCGCUGCCUGCCGACCUGCCAAGCUUCAACCUCAUCAGUGAGAGCCUCUCCUUUGACUUCAAGGAUACAGACAUGAAGAGACUUUCCAUGGAAAUAGAGAAAGAGAAAGUGGAGUACAUGGAGAAGAGCAAGCACCUGCAGGAGCAACUGAAUGAGUUGAAGACUGAGAUUGAGGCGCUGAAACUGAAGGAGAGGGAGACAGCGCUGGAUAUACUGCACAACGAGAAUGCCGACCGAGGCAACAGCAAGCACAACACCAUUAAAAAGCCUCAAGCCCAGGGCAGAAGACCUAUCUGCAUUUGAGACUUCAAACUCACCUUGCAGAGCACCAAGUCCCGUGUGGCCUUCUUCGAGGAGCUCUAGGAGGUGACCCAACAAUCCUGCACUGCUGCUUCCAGCGAGCCAGCCACUUGCCAGCCAGAACCUCCUUCAGCAAGGCCAUAUAGGCACAUCCCAAUGGCUGGGGAGCCAGGAACGCAGCCCCUCUACAUGCUGGCUGAGUGCAUUCUGGGACAUGAUGCUGCUCCUGUGCAAUGGACUUGGUCCGUCAGCUGUCCGUGGAUUUCAGCGUGAUGAUCUCUAGUUUAGUGUAUCCUAAUCCCCCUUGUAGGUUUUUAACUAGCUACCCUCUUCUGCCGUUUAUAAUGCAGAGCUGUGUAUCCCUUGCAGUCUUUUUAAGCAGUAUUUGUAUUUGGCCGUGACUAUCAUGUGACCUCUUGGGAGAUGGUGAGCAGGCGCGUGUGCCUUGGAAGGGAUUCCUUUCCCUUCCGGCCCUGCUUUAGGGAAUACCACAAAUAAUGUGCACUUCUGCAGGUGGAGAUGUGGCGCCUUCAGCAGUUCGGGAGCCAGACAGCGAGAUGUGCGCUACCCUCUCCAUACCCCCAGUACUUCUGCCUGACUUUUGGAGGGGCUGAAUACUGGUUAGUGACACACACAGUGAU